GGCCGGGUGGCGGCGGCGGCAUGGCGGAGCCGAGCGGGGCUGAGGCCAGGCCCCCCAUUCGGGUCACCGUCAAGACCCCCAAGGACAAGGAGGAAAUCGUGAUCUGCGAUCGAGCCUCCGUCAAGGAGUUCAAAGAGGAGAUCUCCAGGAGGUUUAAGGCUCAGCAGGAUCAGCUGGUCCUGAUCUUCGCAGGCAAGAUUCUCAAGGACGGGGACACCUUGCACCAGCACGGGAUCAAGGAUGGGCUCACUGUCCACCUGGUCAUCAAGACCCCUCAGAAGGCUCAAGAUCCCGCCGCCACCACAGCUUCCUCCCCCUCCACUCCAGACCCUGCCUCCGCACCCUCCACCACGCCCGCCUCGCCCACAGCCCCUGCCCAGCCCUCCACCUCUGGCAGCGCCCCUUCGGAUGCUGGCAGCGGGAGCCGGAGGAGCAGUGGGGGGGGGCCCUCCCCGGGGGCUGGGGAGGGGCCCCCCAGUGCUACUGCGUCCAUACUCUCUGGUUUCGGGGGCCUCCUGGGCCUGGGCAGCCUGGGCCUGGGCUCCGCCAACUUUAUGGAGCUGCAACAGCAGAUGCAGAGACAACUGAUGUCCAACCCCGAGAUGCUGUCGCAGAUCAUGGAGAACCCCCUGGUCCAGGACAUGAUGUCCAACCCCGACCUGAUGCGUCACAUGAUCAUGGCCAACCCCCAGAUGCAGCAGCUGAUGGAGCGGAACCCUGAGAUCAGCCACAUGCUCAACAACCCGGAGCUCAUGAGGCAGACGAUGGAGCUUGCUCGAAAUCCAGCCAUGAUGCAAGAAAUGAUGCGGAACCAGGACCGGGCCCUGAGCAACCUGGAGAGCAUCCCCGGGGGCUAUAACGCCCUCCGGCGCAUGUACACGGACAUCCAAGAGCCGAUGUUCAGCGCUGCCCGGGAACAGUUUGGCAACAACCCCUUCUCUUCCCUGGCCGGGAACUCCGACAGCUCGUCCUCCCAGCCUCUGCGGACUGAGAACCGAGAGCCCCUCCCUAACCCCUGGAGCCCCUCGCCCCCCACCUCCCAGGCCCCCGGGUCCGGGGGGGAGGGCACCGGAGGAUCGGGGACCAGCCAGGUGCACCCGACAGUCUCCAACCCCUUUGGGAUCAAUGCGGCUAGCCUGGGGUCAGGAGUGUUCAACAGCCCCGAGAUGCAGGCCCUGCUCCAGCAAAUCUCAGAAAACCCCCAGCUGAUGCAGAACGUCAUCUCCGCGCCCUACAUGCGCAGCAUGAUGCAGACGCUCGCCCAGAACCCCGACUUCGCUGCUCAGAUGAUGGUGAACGUGCCGCUCUUUGCGGGGAACCCCCAGCUGCAGGAGCAGCUCCGCCUCCAGCUCCCCGUCUUCCUGCAGCAGAUGCAGAACCCGGAGUCCCUGUCCGUGCUCACCAACCCGCGCGCCAUGCAGGCGCUGCUGCAGAUCCAGCAGGGCCUGCACACGCUGCAGACCGAGGCCCCCGGGCUGGUUCCCAGCCUUGGCUCCUUCGGGAUGUCCCGGACCCCGGCGACCCCAGCGGGCGGCGACACCGGGCCUGCCCCCGAGGCCCCCACCUCCUCACCAGCGCCCCCCGCCGCGCCUUCUCCCGCGGGGGCUCCCAGUGCCCAGCAGCACCUCAUGCAGCAGAUGGUCCAGCUGCUGGCCGGGGGUGGGAACUCCCAGGUGCAGACGCCGGAAGUGAGGUUCCAGCAGCAGCUGGAGCAGCUCAACUCCAUGGGCUUCAUCAACCGCGAGGCCAACCUGCAGGCCCUGAUCGCCACGGGAGGGGACGUCAACGCGGCCAUCGAGAGACUCCUGGGCUCACAACUCUCCUAACCCCCCGUUUGCACCUCGGGCCACUCCCUUGGCCGGGUGCCAGCGCCUGGCUCCUCCGUCAGCCCUUGCCCUCUGCCUGCCACCCCGCCUUCUCCCCCGUCCUCUCCAGACAGCAGGGUGGCUGAGGGGCCCGGGCCUCGCCCCGGUGCCCUGCGAAUUUUGGGUUUACUUGUGCAUCUUACGGAGUCGUCGCCCUGGGUCCUGCCCCAGCAGGGCUGGUCGCGCGGUUUUCACAGUGUCGCUGGUCGGCCCCAGCCCCCGGCCCCGCCGCCGCCUGGCACAGCCUGCAGACUUCCCGGUGGCGGUGCCGGGCAAGCGGGAGGGACUGGGGCCGGGUCUUCCGUGUGUGCGGCUAGGGCUCCGCUUGUCUUAUCUCUCUCUCCUGCUCCUCCACCUGCAGCCUGACCCCUGCUGGGACCACACCCUGUGAAGCAGGGGCGGGGGGGGGGGGGGGGGGCGGGGACAGGCUCUUCUCUCCAUCCCUCCCCCCCAUUCUGGUCCUUUCAUCCAGGCUUUGUUGGGAUGACCCGGGAGAGGAGGGUGCCUGUCUUCCCUGUCCGAAGGGGCCACGAGACACGGCCGUCUGUACAAGGACCUGAGCCCUGGAGAUGGGUGCAGAAGAGGGAUGAGAUUUUCUGGAGGAGGGAAGGGAAAACGACCUGAGUCCGAGGCUCAGAAGCUGGAACGGACACUUUGGGGGUGGAAGCCCCACUGAGCUCCCUUAGGCAGGGGUCCAGGCUCAGGCCUGGCAGAGGGGCCUAGAGAUGCUAGGACCUGUUGCCGCAGGAGGGGCUCGGUGAAGCCAAGCGAUACGGUUCUCGGGGGUCCUGCUGCCCCCGGGCCCAGGACUCGCCUGCGUCCCCAGAUAUCGAGGUUCCAGUCGCCAUCACGAGACGUGAAGGGAUAGGGGUCUGCUCAGCAGCGGGCGUGUGUGCAGUAGGUGGGUGCACGCGCACACGCACACACGUGAGUGGCACAGGACGGUGGAUCCCUCGUUGGUUUCUGGUCGCGCGCUGCCUCCCCCCAGAGCGGGAGGCAGGGGGGCUGGCCCAGGGCAGGAGCGCACACGGUCCGGGGAGCCAGGGCCUUGGGCCUCUUGAAGCUGUCGGAGGGCAGAGGAGGGGUCUCUUCCCUCGGCAACCCCCGGCCUUUGGGUCCUUCACUGUUUUCCUUCCAGGCCGAAAGGUUCUGUUUGAGGAAGGGAGGGAGAGGGUGCGGGGCCGCCGUGGGUGCGGAAUUGGACGCUGCUCACUCUGCCAGCACAUGGGGGGGGGGGGGGGGGACCCCAGCGCCCCUUCUCCCCACGGCUUCGCGCAGCUGCUCGGAGGACGUGGCUGAGAAUGUGGAGGUGCAAGGGGCCGCCUUUUCUCCGAGUGGGAACACGGCCUCUGCGAUCCAGAGAGGAUGUCUGUGUGGCUUUCCCCCACCUCCCCAGCGUCCACACUGGCCUUUGUAAAUAAACGACGUGGUCCUUGUCGAGA